UGCCUUUCAAUCAAUCACACAACUAUGGCAAUGUUGUCAAUAUGGGACAGAAAAUAACGUCUUCUUUCGAUUUGUUUGUUUGUUUGAUUUGCAAUAUGUUGAAAAAGACCGGUAAGUCAGUUUUGGACAUAUUUUCCCCCCUCAUACCUUUUGUUGUGCCUAAUAUCUUAAAAUUGCCCUUUCGUUCAUUACUUAGCUUUGUUGUGCACAGUUAAACCUUUGUAACAGUCCUUUUGAUACUGUAUACAUACAGUUGAAGUCGGAAGUUUACAAGCGCUUAGGUUGGAGUCAUUAAAACUCAUUUUUCAAACACUAGUCAAAUUUCCUGUUAACAAAAUAUCGUUUUGGCAAGUCGGUCAGGACAUCUACUUUGUGCAUGACACAAGUAAUUUUUCCAACAAUAGUUUACAGUUUAUCACAAUUCCAGUGGGUUAGAAGUUUACAUACACUAAGUUGACUGUGCCUUUAAACAGCUUGGAAAAUUCCAGAAAAUAGUGUCAUGGCUUUAGAAGAUUCUGAUAGGCUAAUUGACACCAUUUGAGUCAAUUGGAGGUGUAUUUCAAGGCCUACCUUCAAACUCUGUGCCUCUUUGCUUGACAUCACAGGAAAAUGAAAAGCAAUUGACCCAAGUUAAACAAUUUAAAGGCAAUGCUACCAAAUACUAAUUGAGUGUAUGUAAACUUCUGACGCACUGGGAAUGUGAUGAAAGAAAUGAAAGAUGUAAUAAAUCAUUCUCUACUAUUAUUCUGACAAUUCACAUUCUUAAAAUAAAGUGGUGAUCCUAACUGACCUAAGACAGGACAUUUUUACUACGAUUAAAUGUCAGGAAUAGUGAAAAACUGAGUUUAAAUGUAUUUGGCUAAGGUGUAUGUAAACUUCUGACUUCAACUGUAUGCUAUGCAGGCAGUUAUCAUGUCAUGCUAAUGAAUAGCCACACUUGCAUCUUGGUAACAGCUUGUGCGACUUAACAAGUUAGACAUUAUAAUCUAUCAGCAAUUGCUGAGCAAUUGUCGUGUCACGAGGCCAUUUGUCUCAGGCUAACUGAUAAUCAUCCAAAUGAUCCCAAGACCACUGGAGCAACACAGAAGGACUCAUUUGGUAUCAAUACCAAGCCACAUACACAGUAGAAAUGAGCCCCUUGCUCUCUAAGACUGUGCUUCAAUGAAUCCUUGGUGAUUUGGUGGCAGAGCAUUACAUUAUAUUACCUUAGGAACCACAGCUCAUCCUAAUCAACAGAGACAGGCAGUUGUUUGCUCUGUAUCUCCGCUAUAAUAGAGACCACAUAUGACUAUAGGCUAACAUCAUCAGUGACUGUAAUGAAUGAGCCUACCUACAUAUGAAGAUGUGCUAACAUCAUUAGCGACUUUAAUGAGCCUAUUAUAUACCUGUUAUGUCUCAUCUCUCUCUCUUCCAGAAAAAGACAAAGUACUCAGCGACUCGCAGGUUACUGCUGAAGCAAAAACUGCUGAAGAAAGCUGGGGUCUUGCUGGUCCAGGAGCAAAGCAACAAGGUGACGGAGAGGGAAAGCACCUUGAGCGAGAGAGUACCACCGCUGAAACUCUCCGGCCUAUCUGUGCAAGAGCUUCAGGAGCUCUGUAAGGAACUGCACAGGAAAUGUGACACAGUGGAUGAGGCACGAUACGAUAUCGAAGCAAAAGUGCUCAAGAAUGAGAAAGAGCUCGUGGACCUGAAUGCAAAGAUCAACGAGCUGAAAGGGGGGAAGAGACCUAACCUCAAGAAGGUCAAGAAGUCUGCCGACGCUAUGCUGGGGGCUCUGACUGAGGCCAAACUCAGCUCCAAGGCGGACUUCAAGUCCAACCUGAAGACAGUCAAGAAGGACAAGAAGGAAGAGGAGAAAGUGGACCCAGGUGACUGGCGGAAGAAUGUGGAGUCCAUGUCUGGAAUGGAGGGAAGAAAGAAGCUUUUCAAUAGCUAAAACAGUUACAAAUGCACUGGCUCUGUAGAGAUCUGCGGCUGCAUUGCCUGAUUGUUUACUCAUUUUUAUUUUGGAUUUUCCCGAAAAAUAUAUAUUUUUUGCAGUGAGAUUGUGUUUUGGGGGAAAGUAUGAAGUGUGAGGUAUUUUACACUAAAGACUGAGGGAACUAUAAAGACUGUGAGAACUAAUCAAUAUUUUUAUUAAAAACUAUUUGGUGUGGGCUACAUGAUUUUGAUUCCUAUCAAGAGAAAAUAGUCAAAUGUGGAACAACCUAAUAAUACUCAUCAUAUUAGUUCAUUUUGUAAAUAUUGAAUUCCAGUUUAUUAAAACACCAAUUAUUCUGUUUUAGUUUAUCUGCCAAUAUUUAUGAUUUUUUUUAAAUAUGAUGAAGUUGGUUCUCUUUCAUGUUGUUUACUUUUGCCAAAAUGCAAUAUGAAAAUCUUAAAAACACAUACAGUGUAGAUGCUGUUAAUUACAUGGAUAAGCCACUCAAUGUGUAGUGUUGGAUUUUCAAGAGCAGUUCUCCUUUCAGACUGUGGGUGUCACUAUAGACAAGCUAUUGUACUAUUUAACCAAGGUGGCCAUUUUCACCUCUGUCACUUCAGUUCAAUCCUAUCACCACUAGGGUGUGUUAUAGCAUUACCCUUUCAUUUAAAAGUUGACCUGUGGGUGGUUUGUGCUUACAAAUGACACCAGGGGGUAUCAUUCACUACCACUGAUCUCUGGUUAUCAAUGGCAAAGUCAGUAAUCAUCUUGAUGAUCACAAUCUCCCCUGGGCCAAAGACUACUAGCAAAGUAAGGAGACGUUUGAAUAGUCGUGUAGUUCCGGUGAAUUAUACCAAUAAAGAGAACGAAACUGGUUGAAUUCAGCAGACAUAAACAUAAGCGCUUUCUAAAAUGGGUACCAUACUGCGACCAAUACGCUGCUACAAAUGGCCUAUAAAACCAGUCAUAAGAGUGUCUUAAGUCCAUAGAGCUGUAUUGGAGAGGGGGGGCAAUGUUUUGGCAGAGAACGAGCUGGCUAGAGGAAGGGAAAGGCAGUAUGGAACAAGGCAUCCUCUCUGCAGAUCAUUACAGAUGGUACAGAGACACACAUAGGUGAGUAACCUGCCAUCGGGCUUCAAAGGGUGGGGGAAGUCAAGCAGCACGCUUCUGCAAAUAUGCAUUCAUUUUUAUAUGGCAGCGAUGUGUUAUAGUUUUUUUUCUGUGAUAAAGGACAGCUACUGUCCCUAACCCUUUCCACAGCUCUCUUUGGCAUGAGACACAUUUACUUGUGCUGGUAGGAAAAUGGUCGAGGCAAAUGUGAUGGGAGUAAACAUCUACAAUGUCUGACAGGGGCUCUAAAACUAUAAACAUGCGGUAUCCCAUUUGUUGUGGGAGACAGAGACACUCUAUCCAUUUCGUUUCUAUUUACUGUACAAUGUGAUUCUUUGGGUUGCUGAUACUCCUCUAAUAAAGUCGUCUUUACGUUUUAUGAUUAGCAGACGGCCCUGUUUUGGAUGAAAGCAGAUGCGAGCUCCGUGGUAAUUUCAAACAUCCCCACACGAUGUUAUACGUGACCUUGCUCUGACUGGACUGCAUGAAUGACUUCAAAAUGUGUAUUGUUUGUUGCUGUACUGUGUGUCACUGUAGACUGAAAAAAAAAUCAAGAAACAAGGCUUGAGAUCCACUUUGAGUACGUGUCAAGAGCUGGUAUUAAAAUGAAUUGCUCAACAUG